GAGCUGGGAAAACAACUCUUCUAAAUUACAUACUGACAGAACAGCAUAAUAGAAGAAUAGCAGUUAUUCUGAAUGAGUUUGGAGAAGGAAGUGCCUUGGAGAAAUCCCUGGCAAUCAGUCAAGGGGGAGAACUCUAUGAAGAAUGGCUGGAGCUCAGGAAUGGCUGCCUGUGCUGUUCAGUGAAGGACAAUGGUGUGAAGGCUAUUGAGAACCUGAUGCAAAGGAGAGGAAAAUUUGACUACAUAUUGUUAGAAACAACUGGUUUGGCAGAUCCAGGAGCUGUGGCCUCGAUGUUCUGGGUUGAUUCUGAGCUGGGAAGUGACAUCUAUCUUGAUGGUAUAAUAUCUGUGGUUGAUGCAAAGCAUGGAUUGCAG